AUGGAAAUUUGCAAUAGCAAAACUAAAAAUGGUUUGCUGUUCAGCUUACAAAAAAUGAAUAGGCUUCCAUCGAUGGACAAACUAAUUGCUAAAACCAUCAUACCAUUUUACAAAAAUAAGAGAAAAUUGAAGCAUUGAUCGCUUGUUCUCACUUUUUUCUGCAAUCCAAAGAGUAAGGCCCUGAAGCCACCUAAAAAAGAAUAUCUGCGUUGCAAGCUAAUUCGAGGUCACAAGCGCAUUCUGAGGCAAUUAAGAAAGUGCGUGAUGCCUAGAAAGACGCUGAACAGAUUUGACCAUUCAAGUCACAGCGCUCGCAGACUUUUUGAUAUGCUCAGGAGCUGCUACUAUAGAAAUGCUGAGGAGCUUGAUCGACUCAGUGAAACAUCAUCGGGCCCAAUUACAGAUGGAAGAGCAAAGCGAAAGCACACGCCUUUGGCUCAUGUCGAGAACAGCUUUAAUGUCACGUUCUGUGAGUCUUAUUUUAGCCCAGCUUCUAUACGGGAAAGCUAUUUUUUAUAUGUUGAACUGGUGUUUUCAGAAUUAAAUCCAGAAAUCUUGUGCGACAAGUUUGAUUUCUGGUGCUGCAAGAAGCGGAGACAUGAUGGAACUUGCGUUGAAAAGUGGCUAUUAAUGAAGGAUGUUAUUCAAUUUAAUAUGAUAAGUGAACUAGGCAACGAGCCUAUAGUUCCUUCAGAAAUAAUUCUCCCCAAGUAUGAUUUCGGAGGAUCAGAAGAGGCUGGAGUUUCUGAUAUAAAGAUUGAUACUGCUUCUGAAGAUUUGGAGAUGAGAAAUGACAAUUCAGAGGACUCUAGUUAA